AUGCCCUUCUCCAAUACCGCCUUCACAAUCACUCAGGAGCAGCUCAAAACUCCGACAAAGAAGACCGCUCUAAUCACAGGAGGGUCGUCAGGCAUCGGUCUACAUACCGCCAUUCUGCUGCACUCCCUCGGGAACAACAUCGUACUCAUCGAUCGACAGCCACCCUCUACCACCGCGCCAGAGCCGUCAAAGGCACCGCAGUCGCUGCUCUCCUCCUCUCGCUUCCUCUUCCACCGCGCGGACAUCACAUCCUGGGUCGAGCAGCGAGCUGGCUUCGAGGCCGCGAUCAAGAAGUUCGGGAAGAUAGAUUUGGUGUAUGUAAAUGCCGGCAUUGCGGAGUAUGGCGACCAGUUCUUCAAAGAGGAGCUUGAGCCGAGUACAAAGCUGCUGAAGGAGCCCGACCGGAGAGUCAUUGAUAUCGACCUCCAAGCUGCCGACGAUACCGUGAGGCUGGCCAUCCAUUAUCUGCGGAGGAACGGAAAAGAUACGGGCGGGAGCAUUGUCAUGACGGCGAGCCUGGCGGGCUACCUGGCAAGUGCAGGCGCACCACUGUACAGUGCAGCGAAGCAUGGAGUUGUGGGCUUGAUGCGGGCGCUGAAGAAUGACACUGCGACCCUCGGAAUCGCGUGCAGUGUCGUUGCGCCGGCGAUAACGCUCACGCCAAUCAUCAGUGGCCGGAAGGAGGGCCAGAGUCUGCAGGACUGGGCAGAAAAGAUGCGGGCGCAGGGUGUGCCCAUCAACAGUCCGGAGGAGAUCGCCAGGGCUGUAGUAUGGCUGUUCGGACAGGGCAUGGGCGGCAAUGGGAAAGGACUGCUCGUCCAAGCAGGUAAAGUGGCGGAUCUGGAAGCCGGCAUCGCGAAGACCAGAGGCCAGUGGAUGGGUGAGGAGAUGCUGGCGUUGUUCCGAGGCGGCAGACAGGCGCCUUUGUUUCCAAAUAAGCUGUGA